CUUAAAUGGUGUUUAGAGAUAAGGGGAUGAAAAGACAUUAAUUAAGAGGUGAAACCUCUGUAGCAUGUUUUCAAAAGAACGUUUUAGCACGCGUAGAUCCCUAUAAAGCGAACGUUUUUACUGCUGAUUUUAUUGAUCAGAACAGAGGGAUUUCUCCAGUUGGACCUGUUUUUAUAGGCUUUCAAUACCUUGAUUUUUUCGUGAAAUGCUAGACGCAUGAUGAAUGCUACACACCUGAAAGCCUCGAACUCUACCAUACCAGUUUGCGGCUCCGUAAAAUGCCAGUUUUCCGUGGGCAACAGAGUGGCCAUUAUUUUCUUCUUCUUCCUUAUCUUCGUUGCCUCUUUCAUUGGGAACAGCAUCCUGUCCUUUUCAAUAAUCCGCCAUAAGGGGAUGCGUCGAAGCUCGACCAACUUUUCCGUUCUGAGCCUCAGCCUCGCAAACAUUCUUAUCACAGCGUUCUGCAUUCCAGUUUUUGUGAUCGACGCUUUUAUUGUAGAUAAGUGGACGUUCGGUGCAAUCGGCUGCAAACUGGUCGCUUUCCUUCAAAACCUUGCCAUAAAUGCCUCUAUUUUCACACUCGUUAUCAUCAGCGUCGAGAAGUUCUUGGUUGUUUGCUUUCCAUUUCGAGUACGUUCCCAGAAAACUAAAGUUCGCUACUUGGUUCUUGGCGGAUGGGUUGUUGGAAUCAUCCAGUCAUCGGUGUACUUGAGUUACAAGAAGUUAAAAAUGUUUAAUGGAAUUCCCUAUUGUAUCGAUGUCUGGCCUUCCUUCAAGACUCGGCAGAUAUUCCUUGUUGUUGAGGCAGUUGCCCUGCGUAUCAUUCCGCUCGUGCUCAUGAUUGCUCUCCAUGUCGUCACAAUCGUAAAGAUCAAGGCAAGAUUGAAGUAUCGAGCGCAAGAAAACUCUGCAGCAAAGUUAGCAGCGGUGAAUGUCGUUGGUUCGCAGGCCCUCAAGAAGAGACAGAGGGCUGUUGUUAUGCUGGUGUUUAUCGUCACUGCAGCUGCUGUAACCCUCUUUCCCCACUACUGCUUUAGGUGCUGGCGUUUGUUGGCUAAUUCGGCGAAACUUCCAGACGUCUACACUUUUAAUAUCUUUAUUACCGUGUUCACAUGGCUGCUCUUCUUUAACAGUACCUGUCAUCCCAUCAUUUUUGGGCUCAUGAGCUCCAAGUAUCGCAAGGCAGCAAAAAGGACAUUAUCUAUAACUUGGAAAUCCCCACUAGGUUCGAGCAUAGGGAAAAAGAAAAGGCAACAACUUAUUCUGAUGGCCGAGCAAGGUGGGAACUUUAACCCUUCAGCAUCGACUUAAUAUAAACCUUAGACCAGUUUAAUAAGAUGUAUGCUCACUAGACAGGUUCAAAAGUCCCUACAAUAUAAUCAGUACGAUACGUACGCUGAUACGUAGAUAUUUGUUGGCUUUUUGUUAUUUAAUAAGAAAAAACAAUUUGUAAUAGGCAGUGGAAAACACUGCCGACAUUGUUUUUUAAUAUUUUAAUUUGAAAAUUCAACGAAAGACUGUUAAAGGGAGCGCCUCCUAGCGAUAUUUUUAGAGUGUUAGAUGAACGUAAGACUGCAUGUAGUAAUUGUUAGGUUGCGUUCGAAUUGGCAGGGUGAUCAGCAAUUACAAUUGCAAAUCAAAUGCGUGCACCCUUGGAAACCUAUCGCUCAAAUUGAUUGAAAAUGUUGUGGAAAAGUACUGACCUCGACUGUUCUUCAUCGAACUUUUUACUAAUUCCUUGUAAAUUGAAGUCUAGAGUGACAUUAUGAAAAAUUCCUUGCAAAGAAUGAAUUGCUAUUGUAACGCUUCUUUGCUGUUAAAUGUCAUCAGCCAUUAUUGCGUAACAGUAUAUUUAUUUCCAGUUUUACACAAAGAUUUUAACCUAGGUUUCUUUUAGUGUCUAUAAAUAUCGGUGAAUACCCAUUGAUGUAAUAUAACUAAUUUAAUCAAAAUUAAAGAAAUAGUCAUUAAAUUUUGGUCACAUAGCAUAUUCUAAAAGGAAAAACCUUUUGAACUUUUAAACUUAUACAAAGCAAUUAGGGUAUUUUUUGCGAAGUGUCAAGUUAAUUUGACCAAUCAAAUGAACGCUGGCCAACUGAAUUUUUAAACAUUGUCACAGUGGUACUUUUUGCCUAAAGUCUUACUGAAUUAUGCUAAAUCACUAUUGCGAAAUAUGUAAUUCCUCACUUUUACGAGGUCGAAUACUAACGUCUCUGUGCAGUGGCUAUUAUAACAUCCUGCAGGUGUAAUUUUAAAAAAGCGUGUUUCUGUUAUGCAAUGCAAAAUGUUACGUAACUGUUUUUAUUGUCACACUUUUUAGAUGUUAGGAAUAAGCCACUGAAAAAACACAAGCUACGUGCCUCGUCUUUCUCUCUAAUCAUUAGAUCUACUAUCCCUGAUAAAAAUAUUGUCUUUUUUUCAGUCUGCAUUCUGUAAAUAAUUGUUUCCUUAUAUAGUAGCAGAAAUGGGCGGUAUUUGUGUCAAUUAAAAUGCUUUCAAAG